AUGGGUGUCUGGUGUGGGAGGGAGACUGCAAUUCUAAUUGGUGGAGAGGGUAGAGAGCAGAAGCACUGCAAAGACUCCCUGUGGAAACUUGAAAUCGAUAAUGAUUUUUGGUUCCCAAUGGACUCUUCUGUCUCUGGCCCCACUCCGCCCUGUUCUCGGGGUCACUCAGCCACGUACGACCCCGAAUCGAAGCGCAUUUAUGUUUAUGGUGGGGUGAAGGAUGGCAAGCGUUACAGUGACAUAUACAUGCUGAACACUUUAACAUGGAAAUGGUCUCUCAUACCUGCAAAAGGUAAAAUCCCUACACUGGCUUAUCACAGUGCAACAAUCUAUAAAAGGGAGCUGUUUGUCUUUGGAGGCAUCUUCCCAAAUCUUUCGCCUGAAGGGAAAGCUCCCAGUAACGCACUCUAUAUAUUUAACCCGGAGUAUGAAAUCUGGUACCAGCCUAUUGUGGAAGGAGAGAAGCCACUGCCCAGAUUCAAUUGUAAUGUAACUAAAUGUUUGUUUGAAAUUAAAAUGUCACUGGGUGAUUUUGUAUUAUUUAUGUUGAAAAACCUUGUGCAUUGGGUUUAAAUAAUUACGAUGGGUGAGAUCACAAAGAGAAAAAGAAUGUACAGAACUGUAAUUGCACAAUAGCUGUAUCGACAGAAGAAUGGCAGAAGGGUUUAAUGUUUGAGUAUUUUAGUCAUAUCUGUAUUAAACUAUUUUUUUUUUCUAACCAUCCAUUGGUAAUGUAUGAAGAUUUUGAAGCUAGUGCUUUACCUAGAAACUGUAAUCUGCAUUUUUGUGUAGUAUUGAUCUCGACAUGUUUUCACCUUGAGAAAUCUUGUGGAGCUCCACCCAGUCACACCACUGACAGUGGUGAAAGUUUAUCAGUGGACUGUACUAACUUGACACUUUUUGUUGUAUAAAAAUAACAUUCAUUUUUAAAAUAUA